GGAAGUUUUCUUUGUCUUCUUCUCUCCUCGAGUGACGAUUCUCCUUGUCCAUUUUGAUGGCUACUGUAAUUCUGGGUUAUAGUAGUUUGGUCGGUGAGAAAAAGUAAAGAAAAGAUUCAAUUGUUCUAAUUAGAAAAUGAAGCUCAACGUCUCCUACCCGCCUGGGGGCACCCAGAAGCUGUUUGAAAUCACUGAUGAACACAAGCUGCGUAUGUUCUACGAGAAGAGGAUGGGAGCUGAGGUAGAGGCUGAUCCGCUCGGUGAUGAAUGGAAGGGAUAUGUCGUCAGGAUAUCUGGUGGCAAUGACAAACAAGGAUUUCCCAUGAAGCAGGGUGUUCUCACCAAUAGUCGUGUUCGGCUUUUGCUGUCCAAGGGCCACUCAUGCUAUCGCCCACGGCGUGACGGUGAGAGAAAACGCAAGUCUGUGCGUGGCUGUAUUGUAGAUUCCAACCUCAGCGUGCUGGCUCUGGUCAUUGUGCGCAAAGGAGAGAAUGAAAUACCUGGACUCACAGACAACACCAUCCCCCGUCGAUUGGGUCCCAAACGUGCUUCUAAGAUUAGGAAACUGUUCAACUUAACCAAACAGGAUGAUGUAAGGCAAUUUGUAAUCAAGCGGCCCCUCCCUCUUAAGGAGGGAAAAACAAAGCAGAGGUAUCGUGCGCCGAAGAUCCAGCGUCUGAUCACUCCUGUUACCCUCCAGCGGAAGAGACACAGGCUUGCACUGAAGAAACAGCGUUGCCUGAAGAGGAAAGAGCAAGCUGCUGAGUACGCCAAGUUGUUGGCACAGAGGCAAAAGGAGGCGAAGGUACGCCGCCAGGAGGAAAUAAAGAGACGUAGAUCAGCGUCUAUGAGGGACUCCAAGUCUUCUGCUACUAGUGCACCUCACAAAUAAAUAAAAUUUCCAUAUUUCAUUGUUUUAUUGAAUAAAAUGUGAAAAUUGGUA